AUGGAGCAUCAGAAUGGUGUUGAUUGGACAGUCAUCGUCCUGACGUGCCAAUACAAGGACAGUGUCUAUGCCUUUCAGAAAGAGCUCGAGGUGCGACAAAAGCGAGAGCAGAUACCCCAAGGGACCAUCCUACUAACGGUGGAGGAUCCCGAGGCACAAGUGGGCAGUGGAGGGGCCACUCUCAAUGCCCUCCUGGUGGCUGCAGAGCACCUGAGUGCCCAGGCGGGCUACACGGUGGUCACUUCGGAUGUCCUGCACACAGCCCGGAUCCUCAUCAUGCACAUGGGCCGAGACUUUCCUUUUGAUGACUGUGGCCGAGCUUUCACCUGCCUCCCUCUGGUGGACCCUGCGGCCCAAGUGGAGGCCCUCACCUAUAACCUGGACCGGCUGCUGGACAUCAUGACUCACCGGCUGGGCCGUGGCUCCCCACCAGGGGUGUGGGUCUGCAGCACAGACAUGAUUCUCUCUGUUCCAACAAGCCCAGAGAUCUGCUGGGAUGGUUUCCAAGGAGCCAGAGUGUUCUCUCUGCCUGGGAGUGUGACCUAUGCCCAGGACCAUGGAGUCUACCUCACUGACUCGCAGGGCUGUGUCCUUAACAUUUUCUACCAGAGCUCAGAGGCCCAGAUACAGCAGUGUGCAAGGCCGGAUGGGAGAGUGCCACUGGUCUCUGGCAUUGUCUUCUUUUCUGUGGAGAUUGCUGAGCGACUCCUGGCCACUCACGUCUCACCACCCUUGGACGCCUGCACCUACAUGGGUCUGGACUCUGGUGCUCGACCUGUCCAGCUGUCCCUAUUCUUUGACAUUUUGCUGUGCAUGGCACGGGAUGUCAACCGUGAGAGUUUUCUGGCUGGUUGGCACCCUGAGGUGGGUCAGGGCGACAUGGAGGAAGCGGGGAACCAACGGAGAGCACGGGCCGUGCUGUGGAAGGAGCUCCGGGACCAGCUUCUUAGCCUUGCUUACAUCCCAGAUGGUGCCUACGAUUACAUGACCUUGGCAGCCAGUGCCCACCUCCGCAGCCUGAUGCUUCCCCGGGACCUCUUUGCUCAGGUCGUGCACUCCCAGGUGGAGAAUCCUCAAUUCUUGGAAGCCGGCUGCUCUGUGGUCAAUAGCCUCCUGGAGGGAGAGGUUCGCCUGGGCUCUGGGAGUAUGAUUCAACAUUGCCAACUCCAGGGUCCCAUCCACAUUGGCCCUGGGUGCCUCCUGCUCGGUCUGGACAUAGCCUCCUCCAAAGACCUCCAUGGCUUGGUGCUGAACGACGUCAUCCUCCAAGGACAUCAUAUCCAGCUGCAGGACACCUCCAUCCAGGUGUUCACUCUCAUUGGGCGCCAAGAUGACUGGCAGAAAGGCACAUAUCUCAAUGAGCCAUGGAAUGAGUUCUUCCAGAGGACAGGCAUCCGAGAUGGAGACAUCUGGGACAUGGAUUCUCAGCCAGCAGAACGAUGUCUUCUUACCGCUCGACUCUUUCCUGUCUUCUUCGCCUCCCGGUCCCCAGGCCCCCAGGACGUGCUGUGGCUGCUGAACUCCAAAGGAAAAGACUCCCUCCAGGCUUGGAGGGCCGCCUGGCGCAUGUCCUGGCAGCAGCUUCGUCUCCACCUGGAUCAGGCUGCCACGCUGGCUUCUCGCCGGGCCCUCUUCUUCCAACAGGCCCAGGGGAAGGUGCGGCGGGUGCUGGAGGAGCGUCAAGACCUCAGCCUGCUUCCGCUGAUCAGGGCUGCCACCCAUGAGGGCUACCAUGGCCUGCUGCUAACCACACUGGACCAGGUUGCAGCUCAGGCUCAAGAUCCUGGUGUGGCAGCCCGGGCCUUGGCCUGUAUAGCCGAUGUCCUGGGUUGCAUGGCUGGGGGCCAUGGGGGUCUUCGGAGUGGACCGGCAGCCAACCAGGAGUGGGCCCUGGCCUUCCAGUACCUGGAGAAAGGGGACAUGGCUAGAGGUGUGGAAGAACUUGCUCGUGAGAGGGACAAGUGGCUGGGCAGGCCGGCCCUGCUGGUGAGAGCCGCUCGCCAUUAUGAAGGGGCCGAGCAGAUCCUUAUCCGCCAGGCGGUGAUCUCUGCCCGCCGCUUUGUGACCUCGGUGCCGGUCGAAUGCCCGCCUCUCGGGCACUGGGUGGUGGUGGAGUGCCCGGCCCGGGUGGACUUCUCGGGUGGCUGGAGUGACACUCCGCCCAUCACCUACGAGCACGGAGGAGCCGUGGUGGACUUGGCCGUCCUGGUGGACGGGCGGAGGCCCAUCGGGGCCAGGGUGCGGCGGAUCCCCCAGCCCGAGCUGCAGCUGUCCACGGGGACCCAUUCGGGCGAAGUGUGUCAGAGCCUGGAGGACCUCCGGGAUUACUGCCAGCCUCAUGCCCCAGGGGCCCUGCUGAAGGCAGCUUUCAUCUGCGCCCAGAUCGUGCAGCUCCCCUCCCCGAACACCCUGCAGACGCAGCUUCUCCACGGCUUUGGGGGGGGCUUCGAGCUGCACACGUGGUCUGACCUGCCCCACGGCUCUGGCCUGGGCACCAGCAGCAUCCUGGCCGGGGCAGUGCUGGCGGCCUUGUAUCGGGCGGCGGGGAGAGCGGUGGACACCCAGGCUCUGAUCCACGCCGUUCUCCAUCUGGAGCAGAUGCUCACCACAGGAGGCGGCUGGCAAGACCAGGUGGGCGGCCUCGUACCGGGCAUCAAGAUAGGGCGAUCGAGGGCCCAGCUGCCGCUGAAGGUAGAGGUGGAAGAGAUUUCGGUGCCUCCCGACUUCAUUCAGACCCUCAACGAGCACCUGCUCCUGGUGUACACAGGCAAGACCCGCUUGGCACGCAACCUGCUCCAGGAUGUCCUGAGGAACUGGUAUGCCCGGCUGCCUGUGGUGGUGGACAAUGCCCAGGCUCUGAUAAGAAACGCUGAGGAGUGUGCUCGGGCCUUCUGCCAAGGGAACCUGCCCCUUCUGGGCCAGUGUCUGACUCAGUACUGGGGACAGAAGAAGUGCAUGGCCCCGGGCUGUGAGCCCCAGGCUGUGCGGCGCAUGAUGGAUGUCCUGAAGCCUUAUGUGUACGGCCAGAGCCUGGCAGGGGCUGGGGGUGGAGGCUUCCUCUACGUGUUGACUAAAGAACCACGGCAGAAGGAGGUCCUGGAGGCGGUGCUCGCCAAGAUGGAGGGCCUGGAGAACUACAGCAUCCACCUGGUGGAGGUGGACACCCAGGGCUUCAGCCUGCGGGUGCUGGCCAGUGAUGCUUCUGCCUGAUGGAUCCUAGACCCCCAGGCCCUGGUCCAGCCAGGCUGUUGUGGUGCCUGGAAGAGAAGAGCCCAAACUUGGUGCUAGGGAGCCUUGGCUUCUUUGUGUUCUCAUAGGAAGAGGGAAAUGCCAUUCUCUUUAGUUUCUCUCUGGGGACCAGAGCAAGAAAUCACUGGGACUUGAGAAGACUGGCAAGCCCAAUCUUUUGCCUCCUGGACCCAGAGCUGGGAGGGUGUUGGGGAUUUCCCCAUCUCAGCAGACAUCAGCAUGGCCUUGGCCUCAGCCGUGAGACCGAAGGACCUCGUCCCAUCUUCCUGUUAGGAGGGCCGAGGGCUCAAACUCAGAGAGCCAGGCUGAUGACACUGAGCUGGUCUCCAACUCCAAAUUUUGCUUUAUAAUGGAAGAACACUAUGAGCAGGGAGAAGGACUCUGCCAUCUCUCUCCUAGGUUAUGCUGCUAAUUCUCCAGUCACAAUUCAUUUCUACAAAUUGGGUAAAUAGAUAUUUAUGAGGGCCCUGACCUUUGUUUUCAUUGGACUGUUGUACCACCAGGCUCACUCCUCCUCUGGCCCAAAUGGAUCAAAGGAGUUUAAAGAAACCUUAUUGCUCAUCUAGUCCGGUGUUCUCAUUUGAUAGGUGAAAGUCUUUCAGGACAUAGGAUAUUGCCUAUGACGGGAGUCUGGCCACCCCGUCCUUAUCCAGAAAUCAAACCAACUGUCCCUUAUGUACCUGAUUCCCCACACCAAGGGGCCUUGUGCAUCCCUGUCUUUUUUCCCCUCUUCUAGAAUGCUCCUGCCUUAGGAGGCUGGCUGUUUAUAAGUUUCCUGCCUACCUUGGCCCAGCUACAGAAAAUAUGCUAUGGAGGUUAUUGCCCCUCCCUGCAGGGUAAACCAGAGGAAGCUGGGCUUCCCACUCACCAGGCUUCAUAUACUACUAAUGUUUCAGCAACUUGGCUAGUAGGAGCAGGGAGCAAUGCUAGUCGUUUUGAGGUUGGGACUCAGUUCAUGCCAGCCACAAUGAGUAUGAAGGGAUGCUUCCUUCAAACAGCCAGUCCUCUAGCCUGGGGCCUUGAGCUGAAGAAACCAUAUAGUCAUGGCAAAUUCAAGUUUUAACAAAUGAAUGUUGAGUCCCGUGUUCUGAAGGGGGCACAGGACCCCUACACAGGUGACCACCAGAACCAGGUCUCUCAGGUUGGGAUUUUUAGUGACAAUA